GUGACCACAGACAUCACAAUGAAGUUGGAGCUGUUGGUAGGCCUAAUGGCAAUAGUUCUUAGCGUAGACUCAAUACCGCUGGUCAAGAAAACAAACAAGAAGUUACUGGUGAUCUCUUUCGAUGGUUUCAGAUGGGACUACGACCAGGAUGUGGACACCCCAAACAUGGACAAAAUGGUGCGGGAUGGGGUCAAGGCCAAGUACAUCACUCCUCCAGCCAUCACCAUGACCUCUCCUUCUCACUUCACCACCAUCACUGGUAGAUGGAUAGAGGACCACGGAGUUGUCCACAACAUGAUGUUCAAUACCUCAACUAACCAAAAAGUUCCUCACAAAGCGACGAUGCAGAGGUCUGAGUGGUGGGACAACGGUGUGCUGCCGCUUUGGAUCACAGCGCAGAACCAAGGUCUGAAAACCGCCUCCUUCUUUUACCCCGGAGGAGGGGCCAAUUACAGCGGCCAAUCCGUAAACAGAGCUCUGGUAGAGAAGCCCGGUCAACCAGACGACAACGAGACCGAGUGGCAAAGUAACAUUGACACAGUGUUGAGUUGGUUCAGCCAGGAGGACUUUGACUUUGUGACUCUUUACUACGGGGAGCCAGACAACGUGGGCCAUGCUGUGGGCCCCGAGACAGCAGAGAGGAGGGAGAUCAUCAGGCAGAUAGACCGUACCCUAGGCUACCUGAGGGACGCCAUCACACGCUGUGGUCUGACAGAACGCCUCAACGUGAUCAUCACCUCAGAUCAUGGCAUGACCACCAUUAAAAAAAGACCUGCGGUAGAUGAGAUCAUCCUUAAUAAUUACCUCAACUUCUUCCAGACGACCUCCUUUGAGCUCCUGGACUACGGAGGGUAUGGGAUGGUAACUCCGAAAGAAGGGAAGCUUCAGGAAGUAUAUGAUUCUCUCUCCAAGGCACCAAACCUCACUGUUUUCAAGAAAGAAGACAUUCCAUCGAGUUUUCAUUUGGCCAAGAGUGAAAGAAUCCCACCUAUCAUUAUCAUAGCUGAUAAGGGCUUCAACCUAAACUCGAGACUCCUCAUCUAUGUGAACAAAGGUGAUCAUGGAUUCCACAAUGGGGAAAUGGACAUGAAAACCAUCUUUCGAGCCUUUGGACCAGAUUUCAAGAAAGGUUACGUGUCCGAGCCCUUCGACAGCAUCCACAUAUACUCCCUAAUGUGCAGGCUCCUGCAGGUCGAUCCGGCCCCUAACAACGGCUCUCUGGCCUUCACUGAGGGCAUGCUGCUGAAUAGUGGUGGAAACAGCAGAACAAGUCAGAUGUCUCUAAGUGUCCUGGCAUCAGUUAUGUUCCUUAUUUUAAAUUUCAUAUAGUUUUGCUUUCAGAACGGACUUGAGUCUAGUCUACAAUCACCCUACAUAAAACUACACAGACCAGUCUACAGAAUAUCACAACCAUGCAGUCUACAGACCAGUCUACAGCAUAUCACAACCAUGCAGUCU